CAUUCUUCAAUCUUCACUCAUCUUUCCCGUUUGUCGCAGUAGAUUGAGAGAAUUGGCCCGAGAAUCGUGACGAUAACCCUAAUUUUCUCGAAGAACCGACACCAUUCAUCAUGUGGAGGAGAAUCCUUUUAUCGAAACUUAAACCAAUCCCCGCCGUUGGCUCCUGCGCGGCUUCGUCGGCCGUGGCCGAGUCCACUCACCUUUCUCUGUCGACUCGUGCGUCGUCCAUUUCCGCUUAUUCUUCAAUUAUCUCUCGCCGAAUCGGCUCCGCUGCAGUGAUUACUCCAGCGGACACUGCAGUGAGGAAGCGUAUUGAAGAUGUGAUGCCUAUUGCAACUGGUCACGAGAAAGAGGAACUAGAAGCCGAAAUGGAGGGAAGGAAGCUGCUCGAUAUAGACUUUCCGGAGGGUCCUUUUGGAACAAUGGAAGCUCCUGCUGUAGUCAAAUCCUACUAUGACAUGAGAAUAGUCGGUUGCCCAGGAGGUGAAGGAGAGGAUGAGCAUGACGUUGUCUGGUUUUGGCUGGAGAAAGGCAAGUCUUUCGAAUGCCCUGUGUGUUCACAGUACUUUAAGCUUCAAGUGGUUGGUCCUGGAGGACCUCCUGACGGACAUGGCGAGGACCACCACUGAUCCGGAGAACUGCUGAAUGUAGUGUGUAAUAAGAAAGAGUGCCCUUGCUUUUUUUUGUUGGUAUUUGUUUUACUCUCUUCCUGAGACAGGCGGUUCUCGUCAACCCUUUUUUUUUGCCAAAUCAUUUUGAUUGAGUAGUUGCUAUACCUGUUACUGUUACUGUA